AUCUCUUCUCUUUAUAUUUAAGUCUCUCUCUCUUUCUCUCUUUCUCUUUCUCUCCUUUUAGUCUCUCUGUAUAUCUUUUCUCUCUGCUUGGGUUUGGUUUUUUGGGUUCUUGGGUUUGUUCCUGAUACAGAGAAAAUAUUCUGUGUGUUAAUUAAAGGGUUCGUAGCUCUUGAAUUGCUUCAAGAAAAAUCAGCCAUGGUGGAUCUUCAAACUGUCUGCUGCAUGUGUGGUGACGUGGGUUUUCCUGACAAGCUCUUCCGCUGCAACAAAUGCCGCAACCGCUUUCAACACUCGUAUUGUAGUAACUUUUAUAGCGAGUACGCGGAGCCAAUUGAACUGUGCGAUUGGUGCCGAAGUGAUCAAGAGAGAAGCACCGCGAGGCACGGUGGCUCUUCCAAGAAAUCGAGCAUGGUGGGAGGAGUUGAGACCGGAGGCGCUUCGAGCCGGUCCGAAUAUUCCGGUGACCACAAGAUCAAGCAACACGAUCAUCAACAGCACCGUGAUCAUCAAGACGGUGGCGGCAGCGGCAGCGGGGAGAAGGCUAGUAAGAACAGCGGCGUGCCGUCACCAAGACCCACUGCACGAAGGUACAAGCUUCUCAAGGAUGUAAUGUGUUAAGACAGCUUAAGAUUGUGUGUGUGUGAGUGUGAUAUCAAAACAGCUAGCCAUGAUGAUCAGCAGCCUCGUCAAACUAAAAGGGUUUAAGUGUUUAUAGAAGUAGAUUAUGUUAAUUAUAUAUAUAACUUGUUUUCCAUAUGGGGGGUCUAGUGUUUUGUUUUCUUAAUUUGUGGUGUGGUUUUUCAGUAAUUAAGUUAUAAAUAAAAUAACGUAAGCUUUGUUGGGAUCAAUGAA